AUUAUGGCCUCCAUGUAUUCCCGCGGACCCGGCUUUCCCUCUCACUCUCACUCCGCACAACUCUGUCUUCAUCGCAUACAUCUCGAGCGCCGGGAAUAAUCUCAAUCCGAUCGGCACCAAGAUCUCUAUCCCCUCGAUUAAACCCGUUCGCUCGAAUUUCAAGAACCCAAUUUCCGCAUCAUCGGCGUAAGCAGAGAUGGCGGGCCAGUGUGAGAAGAAGGUGGAGAAGUUUCAGACGGAGGAGGAAGUGGCGGUGCGUCUGGCGAAGUACACCGCCGACCUGUCGGCCAAGUUUGUGAAGGAGAGGGGAGUUUUCACCGUCGUCUUGUCCGGCGGCUCUCUCAUUUACUCGCUCAGGAAAUUAGCGGAAGAGCCAUAUAAGGAUACGGUGGAGUGGGGGAAAUGGCAUGUGUUCUGGCUGGACGAGAGAGUGGUGAAGAAGGAUCACCCCGACAGUAACUAUAAACUUGCUUAUGAUGGUUUACUCUGUAAGGUACCGAUUCCCCCUGGUCAGGUUUACGCCAUUAAUGAUGCACUUUCGGCUGAGGCAGCAGCAGAAGAUUACGAAACCUGUCUUAAACAUUUGGUUCAGCGCAAUGUGAUUGCCACUUCAAAAGCUACUGGAUUUCCAAAGUUUGAUCUCAUACUUCUGGGUAUGGGUCCAGAUGGACAUCUUGCUUCUCUAUUCCCUGGUCAUGCGCUUUGCAACGAGAAGACGAAAUGGGUGACUCACAUUAUGGACUCCCCAAAGCCACCUCCACAGAGAAUUACUUUUACUUUUCCGGUGAUCAACUCUGCUGCAUACAAUGCAAUGGUGGUGACAGGCAAUGACACAGCUGAUGCCGUGCAGAAAGCACUUGGAAAUAUUCAGCAUCCUGAUACUUUGCCUGCUCAGUUGCUUGCAGCUGAAGACGAGGUAACUUGGUUUUUAGAUCAGGAUGCAGCUUCCAAGCUGUAGGAGCAGAAUGUCGAUACGUUGCACUUGCAUCCAAUGUAUUUCCUAUUUACAUGUCGAUGUUAAUGUGUUUGUGUUCAAUAAUGUAGGCAGAAAUCACUGUGAUUUGCUGCUUGCUUUUCUUGCUAGUAGUAAGAACUCGUGACCUUUUUGGUCCUCUGUGGUGGCAAUAAGAACUGGUGACCUUUUAGGUCCUCAGUGAUGUAUUUUUCAGUAGUGGUAAAGCAACUAUAUAUUCUAA